AAGACAACAAAGGGUUAAUAACCAUAAAUGAAAAUGAAAACAAAGCCGCCAUUGGUGAGACGGCGGACACGUGACGCGGCCAGCAGGUUGGGGCUCCCUGUUUCCGGUCGGAGUGUAUUGAGCGCUGCACCCUCGCUGACGGGCAGUGACAGGGAGAUGGUUGUGACACACUGGAAGCGGGCAGGGAUCAGCAGUUCGCCUUGUAUCGAUUCCGCAGUGGGGUAGAGCCGCCCCGGGUCUCCUGAUCGUUGUCUUCCCUGGACCGGAGCCGUCAGGAUGCCGGGGCUGCAGAUGUUCGGCCGGCGCUGGGCUAUAGCCAGUGAUGAUCUGGUGUUCCCCGGAGCCUUUGAGCUUCUGAUCAGGUUAAUAUGGUGGAUCGGAGCGUUGGUCCUUUACUCGGUCCAUAAAGGGCACUUUGACUGUCCCGGGGGAGCCAUACUACAGAGCUACUUCAUCGUACUGAUUGUCAUGCUGGGCGCAGUUAUCUGCUCGAUGUUAUCGAUCGUCUAUGUCAGCAUGAAGGGUACAAUCUCCAACCCCGGGCCCAGGAAGUGCAUGCCCAAGCUGGUUUACAUCCGCCUGGCCCUCUACGUUCCAGAAGUCGCAUGGGCCAUUAUGGGGGCAAUUUGGGUGUCGGACAAUGGGGUUAAGUGUGAUAAAACAGUGGUGCAUGUCAUCCUACUGACCGUCAUCGCCAGCUGGAUCAUCAUGCUGUUCACCACCAUCGCUGUCAUCAUUGUCUUUGAUCCGCUGGGACAUAAGAAAGCCUUAUAUUACAUAAAAGAUGAAGGUUACAACCUGGAGAGCAGCCAGUCGGAGCAGCUGAUGUAUAACUUCAAGAAGACCGCCACCAGGGUGUGGGAGAACCGCAUCCGUCUGCUGUGCUGCUGUCUAGGCAGUGACAAUGACACCAGGGUGGCCUUCACCAACAUCGCACAACUCCUCAGCACCUACUUUGCUGACACAGACCUGGUUCCCAGUGAUAUAGCAGCUGGGCUGACCCUCCUGCACCAGGAACAGGACAAGGUUGAACUUAGCCGGGAUCCAGAUGAAGUGUUGUCCCAGUCACCACCAUAUUCUGAGAUAGAUGAUCUGGAGGUGGAGUUGGAUAAAGCUGCUCACUACAUGAAGUUUGCAGCGGCUGCCUAUGGAUGGCCGCUCUAUGUAUACAGUAACCCCCUCACCGGACUAUGCAAAUUGUGUGGAGAAUGUUUUCAAAACCGAAGAGCACAGCGUGAUAUCGUAGGGGGUGACCACUUCAAUUGCCAUUUUGGUUCAAUUCUGCAGACAACAGGCCUGGAGUACCGGGACUUCAUUCACAUCUGCUUCCAUAACAGGAUUUAUGAAAUCCCAUUUUUUGUUGCACUUGAUCACAAAACAGAAGCCAUCUUGGUAUCUAUAAGAGGAACGCUAUCCCUUCAGGAUGUUCUGACGGACCUGUCAGCAGACUGCGAGAAUCUGCACACAGAUGGGGUGGAUGGAGACUGCUUUUCACACAAGGGUAUAUCACAGGCUGCAAGUUACAUCUACAGGAGGCUUAUAAAUGAUGGCAUAUUGAACCAGGCGUUCACUGUCGCUCCAGAAUACAAUCUUGUCAUUAUCGGACAUAGCUUGGGGGCAGGAACAGCGGCUGUGUUGGCUGUGCAGCUUCGGAGUUCCUUUCCUACUCUCAAAUGCUAUGCAUUCUCACCACCAGGGGGCCUUUUCAGCAAAGCUCUUGCUGAUUAUUCCAAGAGUUUCAUCAUCUCGAUAAUAGUCGGGAAAGAUCUGGUGCCUAGACUGAGCUUACCCAACAUGGAAGAUCUGAAGAACCGAAUAAUGAGGAUGGUGGUGAACUGUAACCGCCCCAAGUAUCAGAUCCUGCUGCGGGGAUGUUGGUACGAAAUAUUCGGUGGUGAUCCAGAUAACUUCCCUACAGAACUGGAUGGCCGAAAUAUGUCAUCUCUAACACAACCAUUGCUGGCAGAGCAAACCUUAAUGGUUCAGAAAUCCACGUCAUACAGUACCCUAAUAGAUGGGUCUCCGCUCGAUUCCCCUCGCUAUCCUCAUCUGUAUCUGCCAGGGAAGAUCAUCCAUAUAACAGAAGACAGCAGAUCAGGAUGUCUCUGUUUUUCGGAUGUGAAGUACAGUGCACGGUGGUCAAAAGAGACUUCAUUCAGCAGCAUUUACAUCAGCCCCAGGAUGAUCACAGACCACAUGCCGGACAUUAUACUGAGCGCGCUGAGGAGCCUGUGUCAGGAGAGAGCCGGCUGUGGGCCCUGCCAGACACCACCACACAACUUUCCUACAAAUCAGAUCUAAGCCAUGGUGCAGGCUGUGCCCCCCUGACACGUCUCUGGGGUGACAGAAAUAACAAAAUAACCUUCUCUUUACUACAGAACCAUGGGAAAUGAUCCUGUGACAAGAAACGCACUCAAGUUUGGUUGUAUUUUGCACAAUCCUAUCUGUUGUGGAUGGUUGAGUUUAAAGGGGUACUCCUGCCCUAAUACAUCUUAUCCCCUAUCCAAAGAUAAGAUGUCUGGUUGCGGGGGGCCCGCCACUGGGGACCCCCGCAAUCUGGCAUGGCGCUCUCCGCAGCGCUGGAGGCUCCAAAUGUGUAGCAUCACGCCCCCCUCCCAUAUAGUUGCAUUGAGGGGGCGGAGUCGUCACGUCACGAUACUCCGGCCCCGUGGUCGUCGCGCUACACAUUUGGAGCCUCCAGCGCUGCGGAGAGCUCACAAAGGUGGGACAGAUUGCGGGGGUCCCAAGGCGUGACCCCCUCGACCAGACAUCUUAUUCCCUAUCCUUUUGGAUAGGAGAUAAGAUGUAUUAGGGCCGGAGUACCCCUUUAAUAAUUCUAUUGUGAAGGGAACAGUUUUAGUGUUUUCUGUGAAAUGGAAGGAAAGAGCAAAGAUUGUCCAAAACUUUCUUUACGUCCUAUAAGGGUUUACUGAUUUUGUCUACCAACUAAAGCUUAAUCUCUGUACAAAGACGUCCAUAUGACUUUCUAAUAAUAUUUUUGUAUCCGUGUUCAAGAUCUCUGCUUGCAGUCAGUGAGAAAGAACUUUCAUAUUUACAUCCAGAAGCUACAGACCUGCUCUCCUGGCUAGGUAUCCACAGCACAAUGCUUUGCUACAAUGUAUCAGUCUGGAGUCCAGCCUCAGGUCACAUCUGCGUUGACGCUCGGUUCACUGAACAGGAGGACGUGAGGGGGGAACCUGCAAUUCGGUGGUCACCAGAUGGAAAAUCAGAUGGACAGCAUUAAAGCCAAUGGGACCUGUUGGUGACCGUUUAGAUUUAGUUUUCUUUACUCCCAAAUGGAGUUCCUACACAGAUGUAAAGCCCUUACAGAGCAGUGUUUUCCAAACAGUGUGCCUCCAGC